CAUCGAUUCAAUUUUCAUGUUUCUCGUGGAAAAAAAAGUUUUAUGUUUCUCGUUAAAGAAGAAAUCGGUGACGAGUAAAAUAUGGGCUCAAAUCUGAUCACAUGUUCUGCGAUCUAUAAUCAUGGAAUGCAAGGAACAAGAGCACAAGUUUGUGGAGCAUGGGAAAAAGCAAAGUGAGGGAGAAAAUUGCAGGAAACGUCCUCCAGCAGAAGUUGAGAAUGAAGAUGAAGUCCAAGAAUUUUUUGCUGUGGUGGACAGAAUUCAUGCAAUGCACAAGCUUUAUAAACAGGGGCCAAUGAAUUCCCCAUCUGGAGGAGAGACACCCACAUCUCAGAUUACGGGCGGCGAUGUUAUCCAUGGUAAAUCUCUAUGGAAGCCCUCUUUAGAGUGGGAAGAUUUUUCUGCCUUAGCCGGGAAAGAGAGUAGUUUUAGUGAUUGUUCAAACAACACAAGCACUUCGGUGGUGUGUGAAAAGCCUUGUAUUGGAAGAGAUCAAAAAAUGGGUGUAAGGAGUUUUGAUCUGAAUGUUGAGGCUACCGUAGAAGAGUAGAUUCCUGCAGAGGCAUGACCCUUUUCUACCUUCUUUGUAAAUUGUUACUGCUCUUAAUGUCAAUGGUUAUUUACAGUAUAAAUUUUUAGCCGAUUACCUAUUUAGUCAUUCAACCAAUUGAUAAUACGGACA